AUGUUCGACUCGGACAGCGAUGGUUAUUUAUCAAAAGAAGAUGUCCAGAACGUGUAUGCACAUUUGAAUAUUGAAGACUCGGCUCGAAACAUGCGCACGGAUGGUUUCGGUCGUGCAUCUCUGAUGGAUUUUGUAUGUUGGGCAAAUGAAAAUAAACGCGUCGACGAACUUCUUGAAGUAGUUGUCCAGAAACGUUUUUGUGCCUGCUCCGGCGAAAAAAGAAUUUGUGACAUUCUCCUCACUGCUAUUUUUCCCAUUUAUUCAUUUUGUACACUCCUUCAAGAACUUCCAAUUUGCUGUGGUGAUGAAUAUAAAAUCGAAAGUUUCAGCUCGGGCACAUUUGUUUGGGAUUGCAUCCAAAUUCAGCAGAAGUUGAACUCACAGUGGUUAGAUUUUCGUUUAAGUGGAUUCAAACAACGUAUAUUACUGAGCUGCUUCGCCGAAUGGAACGUCGUUUCAUCGGAAUGGUGGCGGCAGUGGGUGUAUGCAAUGAUGUCCGAUUCCAAAGUGCCUCCAAUCAACAAUUCCUCAAUAAUCGCUGCGAAACAGAAAAAUGAUUGGUCAAAUAAGGCAGGACCUUUCGAUUUCUUUCAAUAA